AUGUCGGGAGGGAAGAUGACAUUGUAUAAACUUGUGGUGCUGGGGGAUGGAGGUGUUGGCAAGACAGCGCUCACCAUCCAGUUAUGUCUCAAUCACUUCGUUGAAACCUACGAUCCCACCAUCGAAGAUUCGUAUCGGAAACAAGUCGUGAUAGACCAGCAAGCGUGCAUGCUGGAAGUAUUGGAUACUGCAGGUCAAGAAGAAUACACGGCUCUGCGAGACCAAUGGAUUCGAGAUGGCGAGGGUUUUAUCCUAGUCUACAGUAUAACUUCUCGGAAUUCUUUCACUAGAAUCCAGAAAUUUUAUUCCCAGGUACAAAGGGUCAAGGAAUCCGGACAUCCAAACUCCCCCACAGGCGCCAGCUACCUUCCUACACAGAUGAGUGGCCAACCAACCUACACCGGUCCCGUUCCAGUCAUGUUGGUAGGGAACAAAAGUGACAAGCAUCACGAACGUGAAGUGUCAUCUCAAGAAGGGCAGGCGCUGGCUAAAGACCUCGGCUGCGAAUUCGUCGAGGCAUCAGCCAAGAACUGCAUCAAUGUCGAGAAAGCUUUUUAUGAUGUUGUUCGACAAUUGAGAAGACAGCGACAAGCACCUCUGAAACAAAUCAAUUCAAAUAAAGGACCUGCAUAUGGCCCUUCUCCGGGCGUGCGUGUCCCGUACGAUCCUGACCACCAACGAAUUUACCGUGAACACAAUAAGCGACGUGGUACCAAGUGCGUCAUUUUAUGA